UUAAAAAACAUAAAUCAUCUUCCAGACAUAGUAUUACAUACAAGUAUAGUGGAAACUAACGAAAUAAAUACAUUAAUGAAUAAAAUUUCUAAUUACAGUAAAUUAAUAAGAAUAUUUGCAUAUGUACAGCGGUUCAUUUAUAAUUGUAAAAAUAGUAAUAAAAAAUAUGGUAACUUAUCUUUUUCAGAAUUAAAAUCAUCAAAAAUCGCCUUGCUACAAAUCGCUCAACAAGAAAUGUUCACCGACGAAUAUCAUAUUCUCAAAUCGGGAAAUACUUUAAACAAGAAAAAUAGAUUGAUUUCCCUUUCCCCUUUUUAUGAUACAGAUAAUAAUCUGAUCAGAGUUGGAGGUCGUCUUGACAACAGUUGUUACAGUUAUAAUGUAAAGCACCCUAUACUCUUGUGUAGUAAACACCCUUUAACCAAACUUAUAUUUGAGUUUCAUCAUAUAACCUUGUUACAUGCAGGUCCUCUUUUGAUGCUUUCAUGCAUAAGGCAAAAUUACUGGCCACUCUCGGGACGUUACCUUGCUAAACGAAUAGUUCGCACUUGUGUACGUUGUUUUAGAGUGAAACCUAAAACAAUACAGCCAGUUAUGGGUAAUCUGCCAAGCCAUAGAACUAAAUUAGAGUUUCCCUUUUUAAAUACUGGGGUGGAUUGCGCUGGGCCAGUGCUUAUAGCCGAUCGUAGCGGAAGAGGUGCAAGACUGACGAAAUCUUACCUAUGCAUUUUUAUUUGUCUUGCAGUGAAGGCGGUGCACAUCGAGCUCGUCUCGUCUCUCACGAAGGAGGCAUACCUGGCUGCGUUAAAUCGCUUCAUGGCUCGCCGGGGAAGGCCCCAGACCAUUUAUUCGGACCACGGUUCCAACUUUAUUGGUGUCGGACUGCAACGUGCAUCGCCUGGACCGCUUCCAACGCAUCGAAUUCCUGCGGCAGCACUUCCGGAAGCGAUACUGCGCAGAGUACGUGACCUUGCUCCAGCAGAAGACGAAGUGGCUCACGUCGACGGGACACCUACAAGUCGGAUCCCUUGUCUUGGUCAAGGACAAGACGCAACCCCCCUUGAUGUGGCUCAUGGGACGGAUCGUCCAGCUACAUCACGGCAAAGACGGAGUCAGCAGAGUGGCAGACAUAGAGACCAAACGAGGCAUAAUUCAACGGGCCUACAACAAUAUCUGUCCUCUACCCUUGGACUGUUGAAUACCUCAACGGCGGGGAGCUUGUUGCGGCUACUGAAGCUGGCAAAAUCGGUGCAAGAGGAGGAGCGCGGGGAGCAGCGACACCACGUAUAAAUGCGUCAUCUUCGGUUGUCCGGACCCUCUUACCCUCUUACCUUUCGGACGCACGAUCUUUUCAUACAUACAUAUUUGUCAUACAACCAUUGUAAACCAGACAUUAAAUUAUUCAUACCAUAAAA